UAAAGGAAAAAAUAUAAAAUAAAAAGUAACACAAAGUAACAAUAAUGACGCGAUAUACAGUGGGUACUGGUACAGAGUCAAUGUGCGGGGGUUCAGGUUAGUUGAGGUAAUUUGUACAUGUAGGUAGAGGUAAAAGUGACUGCAUAGAUAAAAUGUAAAAAAAAAAACAGCGAGUAGCAAGCGGUGUAAAAACAAAGCGGGGGGGGUCAAAUGUAAAUAGUCUGGGUGGCCGUAUGAUUAGAUGCUUGGGGGUAGAAGCUGUUUAGAAGCCUUUUGGUCCCAGACUUGGCGCUCUGGUACCGCUUGCCGUGCGGUUGCCGAGAGAACAGUCAAUGACUUUGGUGACUGGAGUCUUUGACUUUUUUUUGGCCUUCCUCUGAUACCGCCUAGUAUAUAGGUCCUGGAUGGCAAGAAACUUUACCCCAGUGAUGUACUGGGCGGUACGCACUGCCCUCUGUAGUGACUUACGGUCAGAUGCCAAGCAGUUGCCAUACCAGGCAGUGAUGCAGCCGGUCAGGAUGCUCUCGAUUGUGCAGUUGUAGAACCUUUUGAGGAUCUGGGGAUCCACCCCAAAUCUUUUCAGUCUCCUAAGGGGGAAAAUGUGUUGUCAUGCCCUCUUCAGGACUGUCUUGGUGUGUUUUGACCAUGACAGUUAGUUAGGGAUGUGGACACCAAGGAACUUAAAAUUCUCAACCCACUCCACUACAGCUCCGUCAAUGUUAUUGGGGGCCUGUUCGGCCCUCCUUUUCCUGUAGUCCACGAUCUGCUCCUUUGUCUUGCUCACAUUGAGGGAGAGGUUGUUGUCCUGGCAUCACACUGCCAGGUCUUUGACCUCCUCCCUAUAGGCUGUCCCAUCGUUGUCGGUGAUCAGGCCUACCACUGUUGUCGUCAGCAGGAACGUCGGCAUGAAGCAGAAAGAUUGAGACGAAAGCGGGGUACCAUUCGAGGUGCCACAAAACGGAUUUUGAAUCAAAUUGAUGUGGAAAUAGCCCAGUCAAAUCCGGAUACCGAUCACUUGAGUACAUUGUUGGGAUUGCUAUCAGCUAAGGAGGACAGUUUGUUUGAACUUUAUCGUGGAAUUGAACAGUUAACGCCAUUGAACGGAUUGGAGGCAAAGAUUGCAUGCACGGAGGAUUACAAAGAGCGCAUUAUCAUGCUGAAGAGCCAUGCACAACAAGUGAUGAAGAAGAAACAGAACGUCAAUCCACUACCAGCACGGGGAGGAGUAUGGAGAAUGAUGAACUUCCGUCAGCGGAUGGGAUGGAUCGGCGUGGGGCUGUACCUUCUGGCUAGCGUGGCUGUCGUCUACUAUGUCUUUGAGAUCGACCAGACAUACAACCGUCUCACCCUGGAGCACGUGGCUCAGGAACAGCGACCUCUGCCAGGGGACAACACACAUCCCGCCGCAUCCUCUGGGCCCCCAUCCUCACUGCCCACGUGGACCCAGAGUCUCAAAACUCGCCUGCUCCUCUUGCCCUUCUGGGUGUGGGUCACCAUCUUCCUCGUGCCCUACCUUCAGGUGUUCCUCUUCCUCUACUCGUGCACGCGCGCUGACCCCAAGACGGUGGGCUACUGCAUCCUGCCCAUAUGCCUGGCGGUACUCUGCAACCGCCACCAGACCUUUGCCAAGGCGUCCAAUCAGAUCAGCCGGCUGCAGCUGAUUGACACCUAAAGUGUCCAACCAAUUUGAGAUGGUGGAUAAUAUGAGAGGCAGGGUGAGCAGCCUUAAUGCAUGCUGCACACAAUCUUGGCGGCGGCCUACUACUCUCAUACCUGAACUACAGGAUACUUAACACUCAACUAGUGCACUGUGUGAAGUGUUAAGCAUGCCAGGCAUCACUAGGCAAUUCACUUGGGGGUUUCGUGGUGGUUUUGUUGAUGUGUAUGUGUGCUGUUCUUGAGAUGAACAAUGGUACGCGUUUCACAACCCUUUGUAUUUGUGAUUUCUUACAUUCAACAAAGGCUGGACCAAAGGGGUGCCACGUGCUCCUGGGUCUCACCACAGUACCUGACUAUGAUACAGACACCAAUCAUUGAGGGUUUAUCCAUUCACUGCAAGGUCCCACUUUUUUGAGCAAAUAAUUCUGAGGAAAGUUUGGUUCAAUCAUCAUCCCAAAACUAUUACCACCCACUGACUCGAAGUACGGUGAAAUAUCACGUGUCAACUAAUUUGUACAGACAGUUUUAGGAAUGUGAUGCCAUUAAAAAAAACUGUCUUAGUGGAUCAGUAGUGAUUCUUAGAUAAGUACUGCUGUGUUGUUUUGUUAUUGGUCUGAAUGUAUUUUGUAGUGUUAUUUACUGCUGUGUUGGCUCAGUAAUUUCCUUCUACAUAACAUGCUUUUUUUGUCAUUCUAUUACUUGCAAUAUUUAGGAAGUGUUUCGGGAUUUGUCAAUUGGUCAAUCUAUCCAGUAUUUGUCUAAGAUAAAUAUCUUGUGCCUUUUAGGACCCCCCCUCCUCACCCUCCAAGUAAAGUCAAAGAAAGUCCACACAAAGCACACGGACCAUGCUUUUGGGAAAAUACAGAUCUUCUACUACAGCCAUUGUUUGUCCUUGUGUGCCAUAAAGUGACAAAAACGUGACAUGAAAUUGUCAAUGUUUUUGCCUUUUUUAUGAGGAUCCCUGGUCCCUUUUUUGUAAGACAUGUAUGUGGAAAUGUGUUAUGUUCAAUGAGUUGUGGAAUCCUUCACAUGUAAGUUACGAGGAAAAUGUUCACUGCCAACAAAGCUCAUUUCCUAUUUUGAAAUGAGCAAUGGGACAAAUAUGGCUUUCCUAUAUGAUCUUAAAUAUGUCUUGGCUGUCUGUGCCACAUUCAUUUAUAUGGCAGGUAGUGAGUGUCCUUAAGCAUUUCUGCAAAAUACUCAUUUAAUUUGAACGUUGUUUUGAAAUCAUCUUUGGCUACUCUUUGUGUUGAUGGUGGUCAACCUCCAUAUUUUUUAAUGUUUCCAAUUGAUUCGAGAUGGUACUAUUCUGAUUAAAUUUUGAUUUAAUUUUCCAUCUACAUUAGCACAGUAAUGAAUGUGCAAAAGGUUUAUUUGACCUUCCUCCCAACACAGGGAAGUGGCAUGUGCUGUGUCGAGUGACCUGACCUAAAGGGAAUUGGGCUGGGUUGUGUUCAGUAAGGCACACAGAAAACAUGUUGAUACUCUUUGUAACAGAAAAUGCAUUUGUCCAGGUAAUCCUUCCAUGCUUAUCAGUUCUGUUUGUUUAUUGAACACAACCCUGAUUUUGUCCUUGACUAUACAGCAUGUCACUCAUUGCACAGAGGCCCAAGUGUAUGGGGUUUGUGCUCUUCCCUUGUCCUUGAUUAAGAAACUCCCCUCACCUGGUUGUUUAGGGCUAAAUCGAAAGCAAAAAAAGACUAGGCCCUCUAUGUAAUGAGUUUGACACCCCUACUAUAAAGCAGGGUUUCCCAAACUUUGUUCUGGGGUGCUUGUUUCUGGUUUUUGCCCUUGCACUACACAGCUGAUUCAAAUAAUCAAAGCUUGAUGAGUUGGUGAAUUCAAUCAUCGGUGUAGUGCUAGGGCAAAAAUGUGCACUGGGGGGGCUGCUAUAAAGGAUAAUCUACUUGGGUUUUGGACUGGGUGUUUAGUGGCUCACAUUACAUUUUCACUGAACCCGUUUCAACUUCAUUCCUCUUUUUACUAUGUUGCACAACUUGGGUCCUCAAGUUGUAGUGUCUACAAAGGGCCACGUUCAGUAGGCAUAAGAUGGAAGAAGCAUUUACAGAUGGAGUUACUACCUGAACUCAUAAGAAUGCUCGUUUUGAUCCAUUUUUUUCCCUACCGAAAGUACUAUUGGUUUUAAGAUACAACUGACUACAGUAACUGAAACCUCAAGCUAGCCAAUAACCUGAUUUGAUCAGUAAGUGUCAAGGUCAAAUCAUACAUUGUAGAAGCUUCCCUACUCAACCAGAGUUGUCCACCCUUGAUUCAACCUAAACAAGUCCCAAAUGAUAGUUUGGACGUAGAGACACUGCCUGUCAUGGUUCCUCUAGGUUUUUUCUGUUUAUUAAAAAAGUGUUAAUGGGAAAGGAAUAGUCGUAUUAGAAAGAAAAAAAAGUAUGGGCUUGUUUGGUCUGUAAAAGAAUGAGUGGCGAUUCACGUUGGUGCUUCUGAUUUUUAUUGCCUUUCAAAUGCACUGUGAUUAAAAUAAGGUCUGGAUUGUAAGAAAAUUAAACGUUAUGGGAAAAUGUC